UGUCCGGCUGUCCACAUACUUGCUGAACUCUAUGCAUCUUGUUUUGAGGCAAAGAUAAUGACUUGUGUGUAAUGUUCUUCAGUUCAUGUGUUUGACUUUCCACUCAGCCUGACCUUAUCCUUCAAACUAAAUCCUGAAGUGAAUCCAUCAAUCAAUGUAUUGUCCCAUAUAAAAAUGAUUUUGCAAGCAGACAAAAAACACAACAUGUACUAUGUAAACUGUAGGUCGACACCUCCUUAUAAAAAUACAGAGUAUUAUAUGUACAAUGUAUCAUCUAUGUUUAGGAUAUAGCCUACUGUGUCCUGCCAGAAGGGUGACACUUUUACUGUUUGUUUGUUUGUAAUUGGAAACCUGGCUACAAUAAAACUGCAAGUGAAGAAUAUGUGCACAGUGAAUACCAUACAUGCAGUCACUGUGUGUCUGUGGUGUGUGCCAUCGUAGGCAAAUAGCAUGAUGGUAUUUAUAAAACAGAAGAGUACUGAGCCCUGGGCUGUACACCCAAGAGAAUAUCUUCUAGCAAAUAUAUGAAUUAAAGGUGCACUGAGCUGUGUAGAAAGUGAUUCCCUUAUUAGCAGUGCAGUAGGGCAAUAAAAAGUACAUGGUAACAGUGAAAUGUGCAUGGACAGAAACUUAGAGAUUUUCAACAGUGAGAUUCAUUGUUAUUGUUGGUCAAAGAAAUAUAAAACUAGCAUUACAAAGAUAAAUACUUUAUAGGUGUCACCUGUCGGCUACUUUCUCCAAAUGUACGACCUACCUCCUAAAACCAGAUCACUGUUGAGUAAAAACUCACAUCUGUUCAUUGUUCUCUAUUUAAGUAUGUAGUGUUGGUAGUGCUGACUGCUUGUUUAGGUGUAGUUCACAUGGCGAAACCCUGGGAACCCCCCAACAGCUUCUGCAUAAAAGACUAAUCUUGAAGACGCAGAGGGUUAAUUUCAAGCCCCCACCACCACCACCCACAUCUCCAAUUUGAAAGCCGCCUCUCUACCGGGAGAGGAAGGCUCUUUUUCGGUCAGAUGGCGUGCUGCAGUCCGCCCCCGUCAUUCUCCAGCCCACACAGACAGGGCAGCCAGCAACCAAUACGCUGCGCCGGAGGAGGAUUUCUGCCAGUGAUUUCAGACGAGCUACGAUACGCAAAGGGGAUUUACUACGCCAAUCUGAGCCGGGGAAGCUUUCGGCAAUAGGUAACAGGUUUCACUCCGGGAGUAUCCUACCGACCUUGGAAAGACACCUUUCCGUAAUAACACCGGUCCCCUUUCGGAACAUCCGUCUACCUGACCUGAAGGUUCAUGUCUUUCCUUUCUCCUGCUUAAACUUUCCAGAGCAGUGUGCCAUGUCAAUGCCACGCACACUUGGGGAGUUGCAGCUCUAUCGGGUGCUGCAGAGGGCCAACCUGCUGGCCUAUUAUGAAACCUUCAUCCAGCAGGGUGGUGAUGAUGUGCAGCAGCUCUGUGAGGCAGCAGAGGAGGAGUUUCUUGAAAUCAUGGCACUAGUUGGCAUGGCCACCAAGCCACUGCAUGUGCGUAGGCUCCAGAAGGCCCUCCGAGACUGGGCGGCAAACCCUGCUCUUUUCAGCCAGCCCGUCUCUAGCAUUCCUCUAGGGGGCAUCCCACUGUUCAAAGUGGACGGGACGGGCACUGGUGGAUCAGCAGGUGGGCCCAGGAAGUCUGUGAGCAACGGUCAGCCGGGGUCACCCUGCGAAAGGGAAGAUCGGGCGUGUCUUACUCCAAUGCACAGUGGGAGUCCAAGAAGCCCUUGCUCCCAGGCCUCCCCACAGCAACCAGACUCACACUACAGGGAAAAACUGUCCCCCAUGGACCCACACUGGCUCAGUCCAGAGCCUGAUGGGCACUACACUAUGGCAUCUGGAAUGGAGGAGGAGUCGCCCAGCCCACCUCUGCUGUCAACGUAUCCUCCAGGUCCCUCCACAUCUCCUAGCCCCUCCGCUUCUUUUGCCUCAGCGGCCCUGUCCGCCUGGCCCGGAGGACAGCUGGACGGGGAGACAGCGAGGGCGGUGGUGGAGAGCGUUGACAGGCUCCUCAGGACCCUGCCCAGGUCAGAUGCUGCAGAGGUGAAGACUCUGCUUAGGAUGAAUAAGAAGAUGGCAAAGACUGUGGGACACAUCUUCAAAAUGGGGUCCCAGGAUGUGAACAAAGAAGAAGAGAUCCGGAAGUACAGUCUCAUUUAUGGACGCUUUGACUCCAAGAGGAGAGAGGGGAAGCAGCUCACACAUCAUGAGUUGAUCAUCAAUGAAGCUGCAGCCCAGUUCUGUAUGCGCGACAAUGCCCUUUUGCUGAGACGGGUGGAGCUCUUUUCCUUGGCUCGGCAGGUGGCGAGAAAAUGUGCCUACACCUCCACACUAAAGCAUGCAAGGACAAAUGCAGAUGAGAACAUUCUACUGUCCCAGAAGAGAGCGAGACACGAGGUAAUCGUGCCUGAGAGUGUGUCAUCACUUCUCGGAGUGGAGAUCUCAGAGGGCUUGACCCAGAGGGCAGACGAUGACAGCUUAUCUGCAGAAAGCCUCGACAGUGUAUCGCAUGACAUCGGCUCACAGUGCAACCAGUCUCCAUCCCCCCGUCCCCACACCGACACGUCCAACCCUGCCAACUGGAGUCGCCAUCUCAUACAGCAAACGCUAAUGGACGAAGGGCUGCGAUUGGCUCGGAUGGUGUCACAUGAUCGGGCUGGCAAGAUCAGCCUAGGGUCAGAACGAACUCACUGUACAGACCAUGACGGUAAAGUGGAGAGGCGGAGCUCGAUAACAGCGUGCAGGAGCAGCAGCCCUUGCAUCACCAAAGACGACUCUAAUACCCGAGGGAAAUGAAAACGCUCAGCUUUUGUCAGGGAACUUCUCCUCAGGCCUGCCACUGAACUCCACUCAGAGUCGGCUAUACUACUGACACUUACAUCUGAUGAGGAGAAGACUCUCAUCGACUUCAAAACCAAUUCAGUAAUGGUCCGAACAGUGACUGAUAUCAUAAACCUGCAGUGACUUCUAAACACUGAAAUUGUGGAUCAAAAACGUUCAUUUUGGACUUUAUAAAUGUAGAGGAGACACUUUUUUUUAACUACAUGUGCAGAUAGAGGAAAAACCUGAUAUUUUCGUCAAAUUGGUCAGUUUAUUGUGAGAAAUGCUGUGUGUUGUCUGUUUCAGAUGAAAUGGGCUCGACACAGCAGGGGGCACUGUAACUUUGGAAAUUGACUCUCAACUUCAUGCAGUAACAUCCUGUAGUUAUGUAAAGGAAAUCUGGUUUCAUAGGACUUUUAUUUACAUUUUCAGCAAGUUACAAUCUAAAAAUAGCAGCUCCUCACCCUCAGGAAACAAAUGGAUGUUCUGUUUUUUGAAGUUACUGUAUUGGAUGUAUAGGAUUGAAAGAGGAAGAUGAAUUAGGCCCACGUAGAUGGAUUAGUAAAAAAAAAAAAAAAAAGUAGGGUGUGUGGCACAGGUUGAUUUAAUUUCCUCGAGCGUGCACACAAACCGCCGUCAAGUCCAGAAGCCUUUUGUUCUUUGCUGCAUCAUCUAAUCGCCCAUGAGAGCUGAACAGGCGUGCUGAGGUUUAUAAGAUAUAAAGCCACGGGUCUUCAUCAUCCUCUCUCCCUCACAUCUUUCUGUAAUGAUAUUUUGCACAAGCGGCUGAUAUGGUGUUUCGUAAGAGAUGAUUCUUCAGGCUUUUCAUUAUCUUAUGUGUGAGAAUGUUCUCAGAACACCUUUUCUAAACUAGGUUGCAUGAGAUCAGAACACCGAUGCUUUCAUUUUAUUUCCAGCAGACAGUUAACGUUUCAGUUGCCUCUCUACACAUCAGGUUUCAGGGUCUUGCUCCAGGGCCCUUCAGCAGGGAGGAUGCUCACUGUCAUCAGCUGCUCUUCCCUCUUCCCUCCCUUCAUCUUUACUUUAAUGUUGUUCCCAAUAUGUGCCAUUGUACAGUGAUGAGACUGCAUUCGAAGCUACACUGCAAGAUUCAAGAGAAUCAAAAGAAAAACAUUUACCACAGCAUUUUCUAGAAAAUGUGGUGAUUAGUGUAGAUAUUUGAUGCGAUUUUAUUUAGGUGUGGCGCAAACUUACAAUAUGGCAGUGUGUUUUUGGGAUGAUUUCUGUAGUCUUAAAUAUUAAUUAGGUGAACCUUAUUUCUCUCUUUUGAGACUUCUAGUAAAGUAGGGUGACUAAUCUUUCUUUACUUUCUAAGCUUUAGAAAAUUAAAAACACAUGCAGAGGUUUACAGAAAGACACUCCAUGGUGCUUGACUCUUGAUACAGCAGCUCCUACAAGUUCCCUGUGUUUAAAAUAGUUUAAAUGUGUUCAAACUUCAUAUAACGUCAAGGCUCGUGUUCAUAAUAAUGACUAUAAACUUUAGGAUUUUUGUAUUCUUAAUCAGAUUAUUUCAGUGAGGUAGCUUGCUGUGCAUCAGUUACACCUGCCUGUCUCUUGAGCAUUGGUAACCUCCACAGUUUAUUAUGUUGCAAAACAGAUUAUUUAUUUUGUUACAUCUCAAUAAAUGUUAUUUUAUUGCAUUGUU